GAAGCAUCAGCUUCGGCUCUGCAUCGCUGCUCGCUCUCUCGUUCAAAGUCAAAUGUCUUUAUCGCAGGAGAUAUGCAGCAAGCAAUGCCACUGAGAACUGAGCACGGCAUCAUGGGGUCCUGUACAGUCCGCACGACACCUAACCAAGAAUCCAAUCCGAAAUCCGCCUCAGAUCUCCCACUCUUCAAAGACUCCGAAUCGAUAGGCAACCCUCGAAUGCAACCUAAGCCUCCUCCAUCUUGACUAGGACAUUGCCGAGGCUGUCCGCUGCCUUUUUCUGGUGCCAUCUUGCCCCAACGCGAGCCAAUGAACAUGGCUCCCAUCACGGCUUAUCGCGGUGCAUUUGUGCCCUCUGCAAUGCUCCUGCAGUAGCCGAUCGUGUUUCUUCUCAUAGCUGGCCCUCCUGUCUUGGGGAAUAUAAGUUAAAACGUCUGGGGUGCGCCGUCGGUUGCCGUCCUGUUCUGUUCGGUCCUGUCCAUCUGUCCUCUAAUUACCGUUCGCCUUUGUCCUUCACGUUUCUGUCUUGUCUUAUUUUUUUUUUCUUUCUGAAGCAGCCUCAUCAUGAUCGAGAAGGAUCAUCCAGGAGGUCGAGUCUCAGAUGGCGUCUUCAAGUAUGAGCCAGGUCAACUUCCAGUCACUCUGGAAGAAGAGGGUGUUGUGGCCGAUGAUCGCCAUGUCGAAUUACAUCGGGGCCUCAAGGCUCGUCAUAUUACUAUGAUCGCUAUCGGAGGAGCCAUUGGAACUGGUCUGGUAGGAGCUCAAUAUGCAAACUCACCCAAUGCUUGCCAAUGCAUCCUGACGCUUUUACUUUAGAUCAUUGGAACGGGAAGUGCUCUUGAAAAGGCCGGAGUAAGUUGCUGUCAUUGAUAUUGUUGUCUCCUCCGUGGCCCUCUCUGACCACUGAGUCUAUAGCCCGGAGCUAUCUUGAUCUCCUAUUCCUUCGUAGGGUUCAUUGUCUAUCUCGUCAUGUGUGCUCUUGGAGAAAUGGCUGCUUGGCUCCCUUUGCCCUCUGGUUUCACCGGUUACGCUGUCCGAUUCUGCGAUCCUGCUCUCGGGUUUGCUUUGGGCUGGACAUACUGGUUUAAAUACAUCAUCGUCACGCCGAAUCAGUUAACCGCUGGUGCACUCGUUAUCUCAUUCUGGAUCGACAGGGACCGCGUUAAUGCAGGAGUCUGGAUCACGGUCUUCCUUGUUCUGAUCGUCAGCAUCAACUACUUCGGCGUGCGGUUUUUCGGCGAAUUCGAAUUCUGGCUGUCCUCCUUCAAGGUCAUCGUCAUCAUCGGCUUGAUCCUCCUCUCCUUCAUCCUCAUGCUAGGAGGCGGACCAGACCAUGACCGCAAGGGCUUCCGGUACUGGAAGGACCCCGGCGCCUUCAAUACAUACAUCGAUGACGGUGCACCGGGCCGCUUCUAUGCCUUCUGGGCCACCAUGGUCACGGCCACCUUCGCCUACCUUGGAACAGAACUGGUCGGAGUGACGGUCGGAGAAGCACAGAACCCGCGCAAAACCAUCCCCCGCGCCAUCAAACUGACCUUCUACCGGAUCCUGUUCUUUUACGUCCUCAGCGUCUUCCUCCUAGGCACCCUGGUCCCCUACAACUCGGAUGAGCUGGUCUUCGCCAACAACGCCUCCAGCUCGGCGUCCGCGUCCCCCUUCGUCGUCGCCAUCAAACUCUCCGGCAUCCCCGUCCUCCCCCACAUCAUCAACGCAUGCAUCCUCGCCUUCGUCUUCUCCGCCGCAAACUCAGACCUUUACAUCGCCACGCGAACCAUCUACGGCCUCGCAAGGGAAGGUAAAGCCCCGUCCUUCCUCGCCCGCACUGACUCCCGCGGCGUCCCCGUCUACGCACUCGGUCUGUGCGCCCUCUUCGCCCUACUCGCCUACAUGAACGUCUCCUCAGACUCAAAGACUGUCUUCGGCUACUUCGUCAACCUAGUCACCAUCUUCGGCCUCCUAACCUGGAUCUCCAUCUUGGUUACGCACAUCUUCUUUGUCCGUGCCCGCAAGGCUCAGAAUGUCCCCACAACAAGCAUGGCGUAUACUGCCCCCCUUGGUGUAGCAGGCUCCUACGGCGCCCUGGUCUUCUGUAUCAUCAUCUCCCUCACCAAGAAUUAUGAUGUCUUUACGCAUAAUCCCAAAUGGGGCGACUUCGACUACAAGACCUUCAUCACCGCUUAUCUCGGUAUUCCGCUAUAUAUUAUUCUUAUAUUCGGGUAUAAGAUUGUUACGAAGUGUAAGACUGUUGAUCCAUACACGGCUGAUUUGUGGUCGGGCAAGGAUGAGAUUGAUCGUGAGGAGCAGGAGUAUCUUGCCAGGAAGGCGGCCGAGCACGGAGAGCUUAAUGGGAGGAAUUGGUUUUAUCGGACUUUUGUGUCAUGGUUGUUUUGAUGUUCAUUGUGGCAGUGCUGAACUAUGACCUUUUUUUUAUUUAUUUACAUGUUUUCUUUGCCUAGGGAUGGUUUGAAUAUGACUACUGUUAACGAUAUUAGAUGUUGCUACUCACUGAUGUUAUGAGAAUCCAGGGCAUGAAUCUUAUCAGU